CUAAUUAAGGGCGACAUGAUAUACGUAUAUGGGCUCACAGAGGCUUCUGAGCUCUUGCGUAAUGUUUUAGUUUGUGGUGGUGCUGGUAAAUGUGUACGGAGAGUAGAAAUGUUGUGGCAAGAAAGGGAAACAUGGUUUAUGUUUAUAGCAGUACUGACAUUGAUCCCCUCAGCAUUUUGUCUUGUAGUUCCUAAGGGUAAAUUGGUUCAGGCUGGUAGACUUAUCAUUGGCUCCAGCAGAAUUACAAAUGAAACCAAGGAUGGCAUUGUUAAGAAAGUGCAUGACGAAUAUGUUGGAGAUACCAACGGAUACCAAUCUGAUCAGCCAGAGUUAACAGAAGGGUCCCAACUGUCAACCUUAAUGCUCAGGCGCUGGAGUCCGUCAGUGCAGUGUGAUGACGAUUCCAUGUCCUUGCAUAUCCAGGGAAGUCGAGUACCCAACUUGUUGGUUGAGACAAGUGAAGAGGGCCUAGUACCAUUAUCACAAAUGCCGUCCCACUGCGGCAUUUCGUUGAGGAGGGCCCACGGAGACGUUGCACUCGUUGCCAAGUACGCUGGCUGUAACGUUGCACAGCAGGGGAAUAGCUACAUCCUGCCGUUACGGCUUUCGGGAGUUGCUGUGAAGAUGGUCUGUCCUGUGGCUUGUCCUCUCACUGUCUCCUGUAGCCCUUCAGCUAUGGUUGUCAAUCUUGGGGUGUCUACAGCUGCUCUCAGGCUGAAGGUGAAUGGUGUGUGGCAACCUGUGUACCAAGCUUCUACCUGUGGAUUUACCUUGGAAGUUGUGGGAGGUGGACUGACCCUCACUGCACCAUAUGCAAGCAACUGCUGGCAAUUUGAGGGUGCCAAGAUGCUUUUGUCUGUGCAAUACAUGGAUAGGGAGUUGACCUUGUCCUGCCCAGCUGUUCAGCCCCCAGCUACUACUCCUUUACCUGCUCACAUGGAUCCUGGAGCUUCCACAGAUGCCCCCAUGACCACCUUGGCUACUACGGUUGCACCAGCUAGUGCUGAUAAGCUGGCUUUGUAUCCUUGGUUACGUGGACUGUAUUAUCCUCAUGGUUAUGGAAUGCCAUGGAAUUUCCCAUAUGGCCAUCCUGGAACUCCCCCAGUUACCCAGACCACUACAUCUACUCCAGCUGCUGCUACUACAUCUACUCCAGCUGCUGCUACUACAUCUACUCCAGCGGCCACGGUCGCACCAGCUAGUGCUGGUCAGAUGCCUUUGUAUCCUUGGUUAUCUGGACUGUAUUAUCCUAGUGGUUAUGGAAUGCCAUGGAAUUUCCCAUAUGGCCAGCCUGGAACUCCCCCAGUUACCCAGACCACUACAACUACUCCGGCUACUACAACUACUCCAGCUGCCACUGUUGCACCAGCUAGUGCUGGUCAGCUGCCUUUGUAUCCUUGGUUAUCUGGAAUGUAUUAUCCUAGUGGUUAUGGAAUGCCAUGGAAUUUCCCAUAUGGCCAGCCUGGAACUCCCCCAGUUACCCAGACCACUACAACUACUCCGGCUACUACAUCUACAACUACUCCAGCUGUCACAGUUGCACCAGCUAGUGCUGGUCAGCUGCCUUUGUAUCCUUGGUUACCUGGAAUGUAUAAACCUUAUUUCCCUAUGGGUUCACCUGGUGCUCCAGUAUCUGGCCCCAACAGUGGGGUUAAACAGCAGAUGUACCAAAUGCCCUGGAUGAAUGCUUUUCCCCAAGUACCUGGCUUGAAAUCAAACGCCAGGCUCUCCAGUGGUUAACCCAUCCAAAUUUGUAAGGUCCGGCUAAUUUUUCUGCACUACAGGUCGGAGCACGUCCAGGAAAAUGAGCAAUACUAUACUGUGGUUAUCAAAUGGAGGUGGUGAUGGAUCAAUAAAAACAAAAAUUCAAAAUGG